AUGAUGAAUGCUUAUUCCAAGAUUGGUUCUACUACUACUACUACUACUACUACCACCCACAAAUCAAGAUCCAUUGAUUUUUCUGAAUUUCCUGCUCCUCCUCAAACACCAAGGAGUAACAACACUCAACUCGAGCAACCACCCUCCAACCAUAUUCAACAAAAACCUAAUAUUAAUCAUAAUUCUUCUCCCACUCAAACUCAAGGACAGAGAUUUGGGGUCAUACUGGGUAGGAGCUGUUCGGUUUCUGCUUCUUCUCCUUCACCCUCUGGGUUUCAGGCAACAAUCAAGAGGGCAUUUUCAGUCACAAGAUCUUCAUCAGUUACAGACAGGUACUGUAGGAUCCAUGACCAGAGCAUGUCAAUACCAUCAGACGACGAAGACAUAAACAUAGAUGAUGCACCAAACAACAAAACUAACAGGAGGGGAAGAAGAGGCAAGAUCCUUAAAGCCUGUAAGCGCCUGUUUGGACUCUAGCUACUUCAUUAGUACUACUAGUAGUCCUCUAAUUAUAUUAUUAUUAUUAUUAUAUUCCUGAAUAAUGAAUGAAUGAAUGAAUGAGCUUCAAUCUGGAAUUAAAUGUUGUUUGUUCAGGAGUUUAUUCCUUUUUUUGUGCAAAUGUUUCUUUUACAUAAUAAUCAUAAUUCAAGUAUGUACAAUUUUGCAGAAUCUCCAAGUACUAGUCUGUGUUAAUUAUUACUAGUAAAAAGCAAAAUCAUAUUUUAUUAUGGUCUCACAUCACCAAACAAUAAGUGCAUCUUUGAUAUCACUGUUACUUUUGUUUUGUCGAAAUCACGGUUAGUCAGCCAUAGUACCAGACAUGUGUAGAUGGAUCGCAUGAUCAAGAUUUGUUGUGUUUGCAAAUUUGCUUAAUAUAUAAUCAUAUAAGAGUGUUAGUAAUUAAAUCCAAUGACUUGCAGUUCCUUGACGAAAUAAUAUAUAAGGUAUGAAUGAACUUGCAAGUGACA